CGUCCUGACCUGCUGUCGCCCUGGCAGAGCGAUGGCAGCGGUGUUAGCUCUGCUGCUGCUGGUGGCCUGGCCAGCUGCCACACAGGACUCGGUGCUCAACAUCUGCAUGGACGCCAAGCACCAUAAAACAGAACCUGGCCCUGAGGGACAGCUUUAUGGACAGUGUGUCCUCUGGAAGGACAAUGCCUGCUGCACUGCCAACACCAGCAUGGAAGCCCACGAGGAUCAGUCCUACCUGUACAACUUCAACUGGGACCACUGCGGGGCCAUGCCAGAGAAGUGCAAGCGCCACUUCAUCCAGGACACGUGUCUCUAUGAGUGUUCCCCCAACCUGGGGCCAUGGAUCGACCAGGCAGACAACAGCUGGCGGAAGGAGCGGAUCCGGGAUGUGCCACUGUGCAAGGAGGACUGUGACCAGUGGUGGGAGGAUUGUCAGGAUGCUGUCACCUGCAAGGUCAACUGGCACAAGGGCUGGAACUGGACUACAGGCACCAACCAGUGUCCCAAGGGUGCCAUGUGCCAGAAGUUCAAGUUUGUGUUCCCCACGGCGGCUGCACUCUGCGAGCAGAUCUGGUCUGGCUCCUACCGCUACACAUCCUACCACCGUGGCAGCGGUCGCUGCAUCCAGAUGUGGUUCGAUCCUGCGCAGGGGAACCCCAAUGUUGCCGUUGCCCAAUAUUAUGCCCGUAACAAUGCUCCUCCAACUUCCCCAUUCUCCAUCCUGCUGUCCCUGCUGCCCCUCACCCUCCUGGCCCCGCUCUGAGCAGGAGGGGCUGCAGGCAGGAGCAGGCAGUAGACGGUCAGGGGAGUCAUCAGGCUGCCUUGUGCCUCCUCAUGGGAUGUCCCCAAGCUGUGUCCCCCCAGGCAUGUGGCUCAUGAAUAAACACUCCUGCUCUGC